AUGCCGCGCAGCUCCGGGAUGCAUAAAAAUCCUGCGAGGUUUACAAACGAAGACCACCUGGCUGUUCAUAAACACAAGCAUGAGAUGACAUUGAAAUUCGGCCCCGCUCGAACCGACUCAGUCAUCAUCGCAGAUCAGACUCCAACCCCGACCCGGUUCUUGAAGAACUGUGAAGAAGUGGGACUCUUCAAUGAACUGGCCAGCUCCUUUGAGCACGAGUUCAAGAAGGCUGCAGAGGAUGAUGAGAAAAAGAGUGCUGGAGCCCUGGAUAUGUCUCUGCCCUCCACCCCGGACAUCAAGAUAAAGGAGGAAGAGCCAGUAGAAGUGGAUUCAUCCCCACCAGACAGCCCUGCCUCUAACCCACAGUCCCCACAGAACAAGGAGAAGGAGAUCACCUCCAAGCCUGUCAUCAUUUCUACACCUACUCCAACCAUCGUGCGGCCCGGCUCGCUGCCGCUACACUUGGGUUACGACCCGCUCCACCCUACGCUGCCUUCCCCAACCUCUGUCAUCACCCAGGCUCCCCCUUCCAACAGACAGCUCGGGUCUCCAACAGGUUCCCUUCCCCUUGUCGUGCAGCUUGCGAACGGACAGACCAUGCCCGUGCUCCCCGGCCCUCCCGUGCAGAUGCCUUCUGUUAUAUCGCUGGCUCGGCCCAUGGCCAUCGUGCCGCAUUUUUCGCCCAUCAACAGCAGCGGGUCCAUUUCCCCAUCGGGACUUCCAGUGCACUCUGAAGCCAAACUGAGGCUGAAGGCCAGCUUGACGGCGUCUUCCUCACUGAACGGCAGCAACCUGGUGGUGGGCUCAGCCAGCACGAUGGUGACCGCGCGUCCGGAGCAGAGUCAGAUCCUUGUCCAGCACCCGGAUGCCCCUUCCCCAGCUCAACCACAGGUGUCCCCGGCACAGCCCACC